AAUAUUUUCUGGGUGGGGUUUGUUCUUUUUUUUGUUUCAUUAUUGAAGUACAACUACUCAGUCACAGACUGUACAGUCAGUGUUACUGUCGUAAAGUUGGGUCUUUGCAAUAUUUUCUGUUCAUUAACUUUUCCCUGAGCACACUGGAUAUGUUUCACCAUUUCUUUGGAUUUGUUUAUCUCUCUGCAGUUUCACAGCUUGUGAGUCGCACAGGUACACAAGCUGAAUGUCCUGUUCAGCUCAACCCACAGAGAGUUGUUGUGAGAUACAACGGUUCUGUAGAAGUUAACUGUAGCACUUUAAUCACACAUAAAGGGAUGGGAUGGGAAGCCAUAGAGGGAGCAGUGCCCAUGACCAGAGACAAAAUUAUGAUCACAUGGAGAGUGUCACACCUGACAGAAUGGGACAUAGAGCCAUUCUGCUACAUAAACCAUGAGGAGCAGUGUCAAGUACAGCUCCCGGUCACUAUUUACAAGACUCCAGACAGUGUGUCCAUCAGCAUUGUGGAUCACAGAGGACCAAUGAUAGAGGGACGGCAGUAUGAGCUCCAGUGUGAUGUUCACGAUGUGGCUCCUGUUCAGUAUCUCACUGUCAAAUGGUACAAAGGACAGACUCUGCUGAAUCAAAACACCUUCACUGAGGAUAGCAAGACUCCAGUGAAUGAAACCGCCACACUCCUGAUCCGUCCAGACAGAGCUGAUGAUGGAGCUCAAUACAGCUGUGAAGCAGAGCUGGAACUGGGAGCAGAAGGACCUCAACCUCCUCCAAAAAGAACAUCAGGAAGUCUUAAUAAUGAAUUGUACUAUAAACCAAAACACUCCAGUUCAACAGAGACCAUCAUUAAAAACGAUGAGGUCACGCUAAACUGUACAGUGAAGGCAAACCCGGCUCCUACGUACACAUGGCACUCAGAGCAUCUGAAAGAGGAGAUCAGCUCCUCAGUGCUCCAGUCCUCCACACUCAGUCCAGGAAACUACACGUGCACCGCCACAAACUCUCUGGGAAGUGAGAGCAAAGUGUUCAUCAUCAAAUCUACAGCACAGUCACUCUUUUGUACACUGUGACAAAUGGGGCGGAGCCGAGAGCCGUGGGAACGGAGCGAGGCCGGUGGAGUGAUUGGGAAAUGAGCGACACCUGCUCCACUCACCGGUCUCGAGUCCCACGGAGGAGAUCGGAAGGAUAUAAAAGAGGAGCGACGACAGUG